CAUUAAUCCAAGUUUUGAUUGAAAUUAUUAAAAUUUAUGAAUUCACUAAAUAACUGAGAACAGUUAAGACCAAAAAUGAACUUUCAGACCAAUCCUAGUUUUUGAAAGUUGGAAUCUUCUUUAAGCAGAAUUAAUUGAAGAAAGAAAUCAACAUCUAAGAAUAGAGAAGCAAGCUCAAAGCAUAAAAGCAAAGAGAGGCAGUUAAAAGGCAAAGAAAACCUCAAGUCUGAAUCUCCUCUUAAGCUUAAGCUAAAAAUGCUGGAUACUUAUGGAAUUAACAUCCCAAAAAGACUCAGAAAAGAGCAUAUAAGCCCGAAGAUAUUAAUGGACACUCUCCAAAGAACCAAGAAGCCCUCGAAGACAAAAUACUUCCCAAGAAUGCGAACCUAUAAAGAACCUAAGACAUCUAAGAAUUCUGACAAAGAUAUUUCCAGAAUACCUUUAGGGAAUUAUAAGAAGAGACUUAAUAAAGCUUACAAAGCUUACUACACCGGGAGUAAGAACUCUGAACAGAGUGUUCCUAAAUUCUUGACAAAUAAGGAUGUUAGUCCAAUCUCUCCAGUUAUAUGAACAACUGCUUCGAAUAGUAUCAAUAGAGAAGAAACCACCGCAAUAAAUUAUUCAGGAAGGAGAAAGAGUUGCUCCUUGAUGUCUUCUAAGAUCCAACAUGAAAAAUCAAUGAACGAAACAAAGAAAGCAAGCUUGCAGAUAAAUUCUCUUAAGAGUAAGCCAUUAAUGAAGCACUCAAGAACAAAUAUACUUCCAAAGAUGGUGAUCAACAACUCUGAUUUCUUAAGAAAUCCUCAAACUGAUAGGGAAAAGUCUCUUAAUAAAGCUUCUCAUAAAGACUAUAUGAAUGAGAGAUCAGUAAUAAGUGAGUCAUCUAAAACAAUUUGUGCAAAUGAGAAUGAGGAUGAAAUUAACUCAGUGACUACCAAUACAUACUACAAGCUAAAGCUUUCGUCCAAACUCCCUCAGAUGACAGUGGAGGAUGAAAAACAAGCUGAUAUUCUUAAGUUUAUCUUUACCAAGAAUUUCUCAAAAGGUUCACAUCAGAUGUCUAAAGCUGCUACUCUUCCUGGGUAUUAUAAAAAGCUCCAAAAAGAACAAGAGAAGCACAAGCAAUGGGAGAUGCAACAGAGGAAGGAGCAAAGGAAAAACAUGUCCAAGCAAAGCAGUGAAGGCAAAUUAUUGACUCUCAGAAGGGCAAACUCAAUCCAGAGCACAGUAAGACCCAGACAGAUUAAGAAGUCCAUGACCAUAUUCGAGAAGGUAUUUAAUAGGAAUCAGAUUUAAUCAUAAUAAC